GACAUAAAAAGCCGCAGUAAUCAAAACUCCCACGCGUUUCUAAAGAGAGUUUCCAAAACACACGAUCCCAUAUGAUGAUGGAAGAAGAGACGACAAUUAUGGCGGCAAUCUCCACUCUCGGCCCUUCUCAGCUUUCAGAUCUCAGCUACUCCAUCUUCUCCCUCUCUUUCCACCACCGCCGCCGUCUUUGCCACCUCCUCUCCUCCCCUUGUCUCUUCUUUCUUACCCUCCACCGCCUCCACACUCUCUCACUCCCCCAAAAGACCCUUCUCAUUGCCCGCCACCUCCUCUUUUCCCUCCACCACCUCACGCGUCACUUCCAGCCUCCACCACUGCGGCUGCCAAACCCUUCCACAGCUAUAAACCAGCGCGACCUUGACGCCGUGGUCCUCCUACUGUUCCUGUGUGAAGCAUACCAUGAUAACCCCGAAGCGCUCGAGAGACCUCACGAUGAAUGGCGCCAAGUGUUAACUAGUAUAUGCUCUAACACCACGUUAAAGAUCACCGGCAUCACCGGCAUCUUCGACGGUGCUGCUUUGAUCCCGUAUAUCGAAAUGGUGACGAGGUGCAAAAGGCUUGUGGGGAUAAUGGGUUGCGGUGGGAAGGAAGGGAAGGAGGUGGCGGCGUCACCGGCGGCGGUGGUGGCGUUGCCAGCGGUGGAGGUGAGAGGGGGUGGCAUUGAGUGCGUGAUAUGCAAAGAGGAGAUGAGAGAAGGGAGAGACGUGUGUAAGUUCCCCUGCCAGCAUUUGUUCCAUUGGAUGUGCAUAUUGCCAUGGGUGAAGAAGAGGAACACUUGCCCGUGCUGCAGGUUUCAGCUUCCCAGUGAUGAUAUAUUCGGAGAGAUCCAACGGCUGUGGGGAAUCCUGGUCAAGGCGAGUGGCAAAAGUGUUGAUGAUGAAUGGACAUGAUUGUAUAUGAGUGGUAACACAGGGGAUAUUUGGAGUAAUGGGGAAUGGGGAGGUGUUUCAUAGUGAAAGGCUGAGAUGAAUUGGGUGAUGAAGAUCACUUGUUUUAAUGACAAGGACGCAUGUGGUUGGGUUUAUACUAUCAUACCCUCUUACUGAUUUAAUUCUGUAUCUAUCCAUAAAAAUUUACUUUAUAUAAUUAACAAAUUUUGUUGUUCUACUUUAA